AUGGGCAACUGCUUUAACGCGAAAGCCCCUCCAGAAGUUGGCGACUUCGCCAACUCCAAGCCCCACUCUGAGGGGACAAAAAUUUCACCCAGCCCUCCACUUCUGACUAUCCAUAUACCCAGUAAAAAGAGUAGAACUGGGAUACUGCCAACUCCAAGAUCUGAGGAUGAGAUAUUGUCAUCACCCAAUGUGAAAGCAAUACCUUUUGGUGAGCUUAAGAAUGCUACUAGGGACUUCCAGGAUGAAAAUCUUAUUGGAGAAGGAGGUUUUGGGUAUGCUUAUAAAGGAUGGCUUGAUGAACAGACUCUUACAGCUGUAAGGCCUGGAUACGAAACUAUUGUUGCUGUCAAGAUGCUCAAACACCAAGGCUUCCAAGGCCAUAAAGAGUGGCUGUCAGAAGUCAAUUAUCUUGGCCAACUUCAUCAUCCAAAUCUGGUCAAACUUAUUGGCUACUGCCUGGAAGGUGAUGACCGGCUAUUAGUCUAUGAAUUAAUGCCCAAUGGCAGCUUGGAGAAUCAUCUAUUUGGAAGGAGUUCACUACCUCUUUCAUGGGAAACAAGGGUUAAGAUUGCCAUAGGUGCGGCUAGAGGGCUCACUUUUCUCCACAGCAACGAAUCCCCAAUCAUAUUCCGUGAUUUUAAAGCUUCUAAUAUCCUGCUAGAUUUGGAGUUCAAUGCCAAACUUUCAGACUUUGGAUUGGCAAAGGCUGGCCCAACUGGGGAUCAGACUCAUGUAUCCACUCGUGUCAUGGGCACUCAUGGCUAUACUGCCCCUGAGUACCUUACUACAGGUUUAUCUCAUGGCUAGCAUUUUGUUGGUACAUUUUGUAAAGCUAUUAACCCUGUUGCUUCCCAGUUUCAAAGACUUGUCUGAAUUUUGAUCCUUUGCCAUGCAUUUCCAUUGACUCAUUAACCCUGUUGUUU